UUUAAAAAGUCUUUUAAUUUAGUUCAACAUUUUUCCAUUAAAAUUGUUUACGUAAAAGUUCAAAGGAAAAUAUAAUGAAAUCAGAAGCCGAUAAAGUUCAUUGGAAUAGUCAAUGGACUGUGAAUGAUAAAACCCGUCUAUAUAAUGCUUUGAUAACUCUUCAAGAUAAAGACUGUACUCUGCAAACGUUGAAACAGAAAGUUCAGCAAAAGGAAAAACUUGCGAAAAUUAAAAGUCUGCGGAAACAAAUUAAAAAAAAUCGCGACACAUUGAAUUCAAUUAAAAAGGAGGAUAUGCAGCGGUUGAAAAGGACUCUUCAACGGCACAACGUGCAUAUUCUAAAUGAGGAGCAUACAUUCGAAACCAUUUCGAAGAAAAUCGAUUACAAAGUCUUUACAGAGACUAAUGAACUGAAUCGAUUAGUACAGGAGGAGGAAAACUUGUCGAAAAUCUACGAAACGAAAUUGAUCGAUUUAUCGAAAGUUCAAGACAGAAUCGUGCACAUCGAUCAGUUUCAGUUGUUUGAUGAGGUUGUCUCGAAUAGGUUGCGAUUGGACAUAAAAAACUGUGAUACGAGAACCAGUUCAGUUAGAGCAAUUAACCGAUUGUGCCACAAAGUUAUCGACAGACUUAUUCAAGAUUUCCGUUCUUUUGAUCCAGCAUUAAAUGCAUUGAAGGGCGACAUCAAAGAACAAAACGCGCUACUUGAAGCGAUUAUAAAAUUGGAAGUACCAGCCAAUAAAGAUCAUCAGGAUUUGUUUAUGGAUUGUAAGACACUCAAAGUUAAAGUGGACAAUGAUAUGAAGAUUAGAUUAGCGACAUUGAACGAAUUUACGAGUAAGAUUGUAACCAACAACGAAGCAAUGAAGAGACUUAUUAUGACCGAUGAAGAUGGAAAGGCAAAAUCAAAGCAAAAGCCUGGUGAAAGGGUAGGUUUUACCGUUGAAGAAGAAAAUAUUCUCCUAGAAGAAAUGAGUAAAGUAAAACCUGAACCUGAAGCUUUAGAAGGAGAAGAAGAUCAACUAAAUCCAGCUGAACGAGCUAAAAGACAUAACGAAAUGGUAAUUGCUCAACUAAAGGCCGAUCUUGAGGUGGAGAUGGCUCAUAAAAGUCUAAUCGAAAGUGAUCUAAAAUUUGCUGAGAAGAUACUAAUCAAGAUACAGUCGUCGUUCAAACAUUUCAAGCAAGUUCUUCGACAAGUUGGUGAAGACUACGAAGAUCAAGUGGACCUCGAGUCAUCAUCAGGCGAAACUGAUUUUCUCGUCAGCAUUGUGUUGCAUCGGUGCAAAGUGAUGAUGGCUAUUUACAAUGAAACACGUUCAAAGAAAAAAACUCCGACUAACAAAAUGAUUCUAUUUCCUGCUGAUGCGGAAGAACCAUCUCACAAUGAAAUGCAGAUAAAUAAGGACCCAGAUAUUAUGGACGAUCCCAGUGUACCCACACGAGACAGAAUAAAGGCUCUUAGUGCGAAAUUGGUUGAAUUAAAUGUGCAGGAAGAUCUGUAGUUUGGAGAAUCAUUAAAUUUUUCCUUCAUUUUCUAAAUUUGUUGUUUAAGAACAUUUCAUUAAACAUUGUGAAAGAAAGAGACAAGAUACAUUUUUUCAGG